UACUCCUUUGGGAGCUGAGGUAUUAACACUUAUUUCUGAGGUUAAGAUGAGGUUGCCUCCCACAGAUGUAGGAGGGGCCUCUGAUCCUGCCUUGUCAUCAAAGCCUUGUGAAGAAGAAUGGCCACCAGACGUGCUCAUUUGGAGGAUGACCUUUCCUGUCCAAUUUGUGGGCAUAUUCUCAGUCAGCCAGUGGUGCUCACGUGCAGACACAGAUUCUGUAAAGCCUGUCUAAAAGACAGCUGGGAGACACAAAGCAGUGGGGAUUCACACUACUGUCCUCUGUGCUGGCGCCGUUCCUCGAUGGAUCAGAUAGCAGUGAGCACUGUGCUGGAGAGGUCCUGUGAAUCCUUCAAGGAGGACAGAAGCAAGAAUGACCCAACGGCCUGUAAGGAGCACGGAGAAAAGCUCACACUGUUCUGUUUGGAGGACUUGGAACCGAUCUGUGGUUUGUGUGGGAAAGCAGCUGCACACAUUGGGCACAGGCUCUAUCCCAUUGGGGAGGGUGUUCAUGACUGUAAGGAAGAACUGAAGAAUGGACUGCUGCCUUUGAAAGAGAAGCUGCAGCUGUACAAGAAGGUGAAAACGGCCUGUGAGGAAAUGGCAGAGCAUGUGAAGAACCAAGCUGAACACACCGAAAAACAGAUCAAAGAGGAAUUUGAAGCCCUUCACCGUUUCCUGAAAGAGCAGGAGGCUGCCAGAGUUUCUGCUUUGAAGGCUGAGAAGGAUCAGAAGGAUCAGAUGAUUAACCAGCAGAUUGAGGAGAUGAGCAAUGAAAUUACAUCUCUCUCAAAUAUCAUCAGAGUAGUGGAACAGGAGAUGAGAUCUCAAGAUGUCCUAUUCCUUAAGAAUUACAAGGAAACAAUAAAGAGAACCUGGCGAACUUCCCUCGAUCCACAAAUGGUUUCUGGGGCUCUGAUUGAUGUGGCGAAACACUUGGGCUCUCUGAAAUAUAAAGUGUGGGAGAAGAUGAAGAGUAUAAUUAAAUAUAAUCCUGUAAUUCUGGAUCCCAACACAGCAGCUAGCUGCUUCAUCCUCUCAGAGGAUCUCACAACGGUCCAAAACUGUACUCAAAUUUUCAAGCUGCCAGACAACCCUGAACGCUUUGACAUCAGUGCUGAAAUGCUGGCUGCUGAGGGCUAUUCUUCUGGACGCCACAGCUGGGAUGUGGAGGUGAAGGACAACACCUACUGGGUGGUGGGAGUAGCCAGCGAGUCCAUCAACAGGAAGGGCAAGCACGUGCUGACGCCAGCAGAGGGAUUCUGGUCUAUAAGGUUUCGUAACGGAGAGCAUAAGGCCUGCACGGCGCCAUGGGAGCCACUGAACAUGACAAAGCAUCCAGAAGUGAUCAGAGUAGUUUUAGACAUGGACAGAGGCAAGGUGACCUUUUACGACCCUAGAGAGAGAACACCUCUCUACACCUUCACAGAUGUCAUCACUCCCAGAGCCUUUCCAUACUUUUGCACGGCAUGCAAGGAGCAUCCACUGAAAAUCCUACCUGCAAGGAUAUCCUUAUCAGCGGAUCACUAAUUCACACUGGAGACAUGUUGCAAAAUGUUUGGAUAAAAUUCAAAUGAAAGAAAUGAAACUUGCAAAGGUUUGAUAUGUAUUUUUUUUGGCUUUUACAAGAGUGUGAGGAAUUACUGCUCUAAGAAGGCAAAAUUAAAACACACCUCCUAAGUUUAUUUUACUGAAUGACAAGAAAAAGAUAUGUUUUAAAAUAUUUAAUUUGAGUAACAGCAAAACAAAAAAAUUAACAAAAAAACAACAAAACAAAAAAAACAAA